AGCCCCGUCUGGACGGGCAGCAGUUCACAUCGCACCCAAGCGCAGCACUGGGCGGCGGGUCGGAGAAGAGCGCGGCGCUGGGGCGCAGCCAGUGGCUACACGGAUAACUGAGCGGCUCCACAAAACCAGCAGCGGCAGCGCCUCCUGCCCAGCCACGGCUCUUCUCCGAGGCCCCCCAGGAUUAUUCGCUUCUUGCCCGAGGCGCCGAGAAGGCGCACUGGACGCCUGUGGCGGCCGCUCCACCUCUUUCUCUGCCUCCUCCUCCCGCGUCUCCUCCUCCUGCUCCCCGGGCGAGCGCGCAGCCCCGAGCCCGCCCCGCGCCUCCCGGAGCCCUCCCCCCGCUGCUCCCAUGCGCGCGGGUGGGUCAUGAGCACAGCGCCCUCGCUUUCUGCCCUGAGAAGUAGUAAGCACAGCGGCGGCGGCGGCGGCGGAGGAGGAGGCGGCGGCAGCGGUGGCGGCGGCGGCGCGGACCCCGCCUGGACCAGCGUGCUCUCUGGAAAUAUCUCUGGCGCCGGCCCCGGCCCCGGCUCGUCCUCGGCCGGUAACACUAAACCUUUCCUUCACGCCGUGCCCCCCUCGGAUCCUCUACGCCAGGCGAAUCGCCUGCCUAUCAAGGUGCUAAAGAUGUUGACGGCGCGGACGGGGCACAUCUUACACCCAGAGUACCUGCAGCCUCUGCCUUCCACUCCUGUCAGUCCCAUCGAGCUCGAUGCAAAGAAGAGCCCACUGGCGCUGUUGGCCCAGACGUGCUCCCAGAUCGGAAAGCCUGACCCGUCGCCUUCUUCCAAAUUGUCCUCGGUGGCCUCCAACGGGGGCGGUGCCGGGGGUGGCGGCGGCGGUGGUGCCGGGAGCGACAAAGACACCAAAUCGGGCCCCCUAAAACUAAGCGACAUUGGGGUCGAGGACAAGUCAAGCUUUAAGCCCUACUCCAAACCUGGCGCGGAUAAGAAGGAGCCGGGAGGCGGCGGCGGCGGAGGAGGAGGCGGCGGGGGCGGGGGCGGCGGCGGCGGCAGUAGCGGCGGCGGGGUCUCGGCGGAGAAGUCGGGAUUCCGAGUACCGAGCGCCACCUGCCAGCCAUUCACGCCCAGGACAGGCAGCCCAAGCUCCAGCGCCUCUGCCUGUUCGCCUGGAGGGAUGCUCCCCUCUUCGGGAGGGGGCCCCGAGGGCAAGGACGACAAGAAGGACCCGGAAGGAGCGGGUGGCAGUGGCAAAGGGUCUGGUGGCACUUCAGGAGACGGAGGCCCAGGCGGGCUGGCUCACGGCCGGAUUAGCUGUGGGGGAAUUAAUGUGGACGUGAACCAACACUCCGACGGGGGUCCCGGGAGCAAGUCCCUGGGUUCAGACUGCGGCAGCUCUGGCUCCAGUUCAGGUUCCGGCAGUGUCCCAACCUCCUCGUCGGUUCUGGGUUCUGGGCUGGUGGCCCCAGUAUCCCCAUAUAAACCGGGCCAGACGGUCUUUCCCCUGCCCCCCGCGGGCAUGACUUAUCCUGGCAGUUUAGCCGGGGCCUACGCGGGCUACCCUCCCCAAUUCCUACCACAUGGGGUGGCCCUGGAUCCCACCAAGCCAGGGAGCCUAGUGGGAGCGCAACUGGCCGCUGCUGCUGCCGGCUCCCUGGGAUGCAGCAAACCAGCUGGCUCUAGCCCCCUGGCAGGGGCGUCUCCUCCUUCCGUGAUGACUGCGAGCUUGUGUCGGGACCCCUACUGCCUCAGCUACCAUUGCGCCAGCCAUCUCGCCGGGGCAGCUGCAGCUAGUGCCUCCUGCGCCCACGACCCUGCAGCCGCUGCCGCAGCUCUCAAGUCCGGAUACCCGUUGGUGUACCCCACGCACCCUCUCCACGGGGUCCACUCAUCGCUGACUGCCGCGGCUGCGGCGGGGGCCACUCCGCCCUCGUUGGCCGGCCACCCUCUUUACCCUUAUGGCUUCAUGCUCCCUAACGACCCGCUGCCCCACAUCUGCAACUGGGUGUCAGCAAAUGGGCCCUGCGACAAACGGUUCGCCACGUCGGAGGAGCUGCUGAGUCACUUGCGGACGCACACGGCCUUCCCCGGGACGGACAAACUGCUGUCCGGCUAUCCCAGCUCCUCCUCCCUCGCCAGCGCAGCUGCUGCGGCAAUGGCCUGCCAUAUGCACAUUCCCACCUCGGGAGCUCCGGGAAGCCCCGGGACCCUGGCCCUGCGUAGCCCCCACCACGCGCUGGGACUGAGCAGCCGCUACCACCCCUACUCCAAGAGCCCUCUCCCUACUCCCGGCGCCCCAGUGCCCGUGCCGGCUGCCACCGGACCCUAUUACUCCCCUUACGCCCUCUACGGACAGAGACUUACCACAGCUUCGGCGCUGGGCUAUCAGUGAGGGGGGUGGGGAAGGCUGGGAGGGAAGG